UUCGCUAAAAAGACUAUUGGGAUUGAUUAAUCUUAAAAAUCUUCCAUUAUUGUCCUCUCAGUCUCCCUUUCUCUUUAGAUCUCAUAAAAGCUCUAAUCUGAUGGCUGCUACCAUCGUUUCCAUUAAAGCUAGGCAGAUUUUCGACAGCCGUGGAAAUCCAACGGUCGAGGUUGAUGUGGAAACAUCCAACGGUAAAAAGGCUAGAGCCGCAGUUCCAAGCGGUGCAUCCACUGGAAUUUACGAGGCUCUUGAACUGAGAGAUGGAGGUUCCGAUUACCUUGGUAAAGGUGUAUCAAAGGCUGUUGCUAAUGUUAACACGAUUAUCGGGCCUGCAUUGAUUGGAAAGGAUCCAACUCAGCAGACUGCUAUUGACAAUUUCAUGGUUCAACAAUUAGACGGAACUCAAAACGAGUGGGGUUGGUGCAAACAAAAGCUUGGAGCAAAUGCCAUUCUUGCUGUGUCCCUUGCAGUUUGCAAAGCUGGAGCUGAAGUUCUGAAUAUUCCCCUUUAUAAGCACAUUGCUAACCUUGCUGGUAACAAAAAGUUGGUUCUUCCAGUCCCUGCUUUCAAUGUCAUCAAUGGUGGUUCGCAUGCAGGAAACAAACUUGCUAUGCAGGAGUUCAUGAUUCUCCCUACAGGAGCAUCAUCUUUUAAGGAGGCCAUGAAAAUGGGUGUGGAAGUCUACCACAACUUGAAGUCUGUGAUCAAGAAGAAGUAUGGUCAAGAUGCAACCAAUGUUGGUGAUGAAGGCGGUUUUGCUCCUAACAUUCAGGAGAACAAGGAAGGGCUUGAAUUGUUAAAGACUGCCAUUGCAAAAGCUGGUUACACUGGCAAAGUUGUUAUUGGAAUGGAUGUUGCUGCGUCCGAAUUUUAUGGAUCAGCAGAUAAAACCUAUGAUCUGAACUUCAAGGAAGAGAAAAAUGAUGGUUCUCAAAAGAUAUCAGGAGAUGCUCUCAAAGACUUAUACAAGUCAUUUGUUUCUGAGUAUCCUAUCGAGUCAAUUGAGGAUCCCUUUGACCAAGAUGAUUGGGAGCAUUACUCCAAACUAACCAAUGAAAUCGGAACAAAAGUUCAGAUUGUCGGAGAUGAUCUCUUGGUCACCAAUCCAAAGAGGGUUGAGAAGGCUAUCAAAGAAAAAACUUGCAAUGCUCUUCUUCUCAAGGUUAAUCAAAUUGGAUCUGUUACCGAAAGUAUCGAAGCUGUCAAAAUGUCCAAGAAAGCUGGAUGGGGUGUGAUGGCCAGCCACCGCAGUGGUGAAACUGAGGAUACAUUUAUUGCGGAUCUUUCGGUCGGUUUGGCCACGGGUCAAAUUAAGACCGGAGCUCCAUGCCGGUCUGAGCGUCUAGCUAAGUACAAUCAGCUUUUGCGUAUCGAGGAGGAGCUCGGUUCGGAUGCCAUCUAUGCCGGAGCUAGUUUCCGUGCUCCUGUUGAACCUUAUUAGGAGUUGGUUUGAUGAUGAAGUUUGUUGCGACUGGAUGUGCGCGAUAGAGCUCUACUUCCAAUGAAUAAGUUAUAAUAACACAUAGUGGGUUAGUCAAGACCCAAAAACUUUUUUUUUUUCAAUAAUUUUGACGGAAAUUUUGUUCCAAAGAAACAUAAAAUUAUGUCGACAACCUCAAAUCAAGCUCGUUUUUAUAGGUACCCCGUUCAUGGUUGCUUGUUA